GCAUCUCCACAGGUUCAGUCUUAGAGCACCAGCUGGUGAGCAAUGCAAGGAGCAGUCGUGUAACCAACUUACAUCCUCUUCAACAUGAAGAUAGCUGCAGUGCCAAUGCUUCUGACCCUGGCUCUUUGCCUCAUACAAGAUGCUGCCAGUGAAGGUGAAAAUCAGGAAACAUGCAAUGAAUAUAGGGCACUGAUGAAAAAUGGAAAACUGUUCUGUUCCCGAGAUAAAAACCUUUUUCAAAGCUCUGAUGGAAUAGUGUUCAUCAACAAAUGUGCCACAUGCAAAAUGAUAUUAGAAAAAGAAGCAAAAUCCCAGAAAAGGGCCAGGCAUUUAGCAAGAGCCAGGGCUACUGCCCCAGCAAAGGAUAUAUGUAGUGAUUUUCGGCCUUAUGUGAAGGAUGGAAGACUUGGAUGCACAAGGGAAAAUGAACCAGUUCUUGGUCUUGAUGGAAGGACACAUGUCAAUAAGUGUGUGAUGUGUGCUGAGCUAUUCUUAAAAGAAGCUGAAGAAAAUGCCAAGCGAGAAGGUGAAACCAGAAUUCGACGAACUGCUGAAAAGGAUUUCUGCAAGGAAUAUGAAAACCAAGUGAGGAAUGGAAGACUUUUUUGUACACGGGAGAGUGAGCCAGUCCGUGGCCCUGAUGGCAGGAUGCAUGGCAACAAAUGUGCCCUGUGUGCUGAAAUAUUCAAACAGCAUUUUUCAGAAGAAAAAAAUAAAGCAGAUGAACGCCUGAGAAAGGCUAAAGAAAAAGUUAAAAGAGAAACUGAGAAACUCUGCAGUGAGUAUCAGGAUCAUGCAAUGAAUGGAAUCCCUUUCUGUACCAAAGAAAAUUACCCUAUUCGUGGCCCAGAUGGGAAAAUGCAUGGCAACUUGUGUUCCAUGUGUCAAGACUUCUACCAAGCAAAAGCUGAAGAAAAGAAAAAGGCUGAAGCAAAAGCAAGAAGUAAAAGAGAACCUGGAAGAGUAGACUCAUAUGCACCGUGCAGACCAUACCUCAAGUUUAUGACAAAUGGAAUACUCCCCUGCACCAAAGAGAUUAACCCCACCAAGGGCCCAGAUGGGAAAAUGUAUAACAGCCCCUGCUCCAUGUGUGCGACUAUGCUCCAAGCAGAAAAAAAAGAAAAGAAAAACAGGGAAGAUGAAUCAAAAAAUAAAAGGCAAUCUGAGAAUACAUCUUCCUUUGAGGAGUUGUGCAGGGAAUACCGCAAAUCCAUGAAGAAUGGACAUCUUCUUUGCACUAGAGAGAACAACCCCAUCCAGGGCCCAGAUGGGAAGGAGCACGUCAACCUCUGCUUCAUGUGUGAGGCUCUCUUUCAACAAGAAGAAAGAGCAAGAGCAAAGGCUAAAAGAGAAACUGCAAAGGAGCUGUGCCGUGAAUACCGUAACUAUGUGAGGAACGGACGUCUUCCCUGCACCACAGAGAAUGACCCCAUCGAGGGCCCAGAUGGGAAAAUCCAUGGCAACACCUGCUUCAUCUGUGCAGCCUUCUUCCAGCAAGAAGCAAAAGAAAAAGAAGCUGAAUCCAAAAGACCUAAGAGAGGAGCUGAAAAGGAUACAUGCAGUGAAUUUCGGCACCUUCUGAAAAAUGGAAGUCUUUUCUGCACUCGAGAAAAUGAUCCUGUGCGUGGCCCAGAUGGCAAGACCCAUGGCAACAAGUGCGCCAUGUGCAAAGAAGUCCUCCAGAAAGAAGAUGAAGCAAGAAAGAGAAAAGAAAAGGAGAGAAAAGAAAAGGAAGAUCAGAGAAAAGCUGUACGGAGUGGUUGCAAACGUGGCAGAAGAGGGAAAGCUCAGGACCAAUGUGCUGAGUAUCGGAAACAAAUGAAAAAUGGACCACUCAGCUGUACUCGGGAGAUUGAUCCUGUACGCAAUGAAAAUGGCAAAUCAUACAACAAUAAGUGUGCCAUGUGUAAAGAGAAACUGCAAAAAGAAGCAGAGGAAAACAAAAAGAAUUCUCGGAACAGAUCAAAUGGGAAUGAAUCAGCAUUAGGAAAGGAUGUAUGUGAUCAGUUUAGAAGUCAAAUGGAAAAUGGACAACUUACUUGCACCCAAGAAAGUGACCCUGUCCAGGGUCCAGAUGGCAGGACACAUGGCAAUAUAUGUGCUAUGUGUAAGGAAAAACUGGGAAGGGAAGCAGCCAAAAGAAAAAUGAAAGAGCAGGACUACAUGACAAACACAGUUGAAAAGAACAAUGGAAAAGAGAGCUUUGCCAAGGUCAGGAGUAGAAAGAAGUAAAGAAGAUAUGAGAGCAUGAAGUAUAUUCAUUCACAAAGUGCAAUCUUGAAUUGGGUCCUAGAAGGGAGACUUUAGCACCUAAUCUGAUGACCCAAAAAAAGAAGAAAGAAAGGUAUCAAACAUGAAUUUUAUCUAAUUAUUUUCCCAAAUCAAGUAGAAUAAUAGAUGAGUUACACUAGUGAAAUACAUAGUAAUUACAUAUUUCUAGUAAAUUAGGCACUAUACUAGGGAUCCCUAAGCAUGGAGAAGAGCUGUUCACAAAAUCUGCUAUUUUCCCCCCAGCUUUAUUAAGCUAUAGUUGACAUAAAACAUUAUGUAAAUUUGUGUACAACACAUUGAUUUGAUAGACUUAAAGAAUGUAAAAUGAUUACCAUUAUAGUGUUAGCUAACACCUCCAUCACCUCACAUAAUUACCAUUCCUUUUUUGUGGUGAGAAUAUUUAAGAUCUACUCACGAACUUUGAGUAUAUAACACAGUAUUAUUAGCUAUAAUCACCAUACCAUAUAUUAGAGCCCCAGAACUUAUCUUUUAACUAAAAGCUUGUACCCUUUGACCAGUGUCUCCCAUUUUCUCCAAUACCAUCCCCUGGUUAACGACCCUUCUAUUCUCUGUUUCUAUGAGUUCAGCUUUUUUAGAUUCCACAUAUAAGUGAUGUCAUAUAGUAUUUGACUUUCUUUGUCUGACUUAUUUAACUUAGCACAGUGCCCUCAGGAUUCAUCCAAGUUGUCACUAAUGGAAGGAUUUCCUUUUCUCAUGACUGAAUAAUAGUCCAUUGUCUGUGUCUGUGUGUGUGUGUGUGUGUGUGUGUGUGUGUCUUGGCUCUUGUGAAUAAUAAAAUCUGUUUUUUUUUCAGAUUUUUAUUGGAGUAUAGUUGAUUUACAAUGUUGUAUUAGUUUCAGGUAUGCGGCAAAGUGAACGAGUUAUACAUAUAUCCACUCUUUGUUUUUAUAUUCUUUUCCCAUAUAGGCCAUUACAGAGUAGUGAGUAGAGUUCCCUGUGCUAUACAGCAGGUUCUUAUUAGUUAUCUAUUUUAUAUAUAGUAGUGUGUAUAUGUCAAUCCCAAUCUCCCAAUUUAUCCCUCCCAAAAUGUGUUAUUUAAAAAAAAACAUUUUACUGAAGUAUAAUAGUCAUAUAGAAAAAGUGUAUAUAUCAUAAGUGUACAGCUAUUACUAAGUGAUCAUAUCUGUGAUAUUAACACCAGAUCAAGAAAUAAGAUAUUACCAGCAGACCAGAAACCCGAUCAUGCUUCCUCCCGAAUAAUCUGGUUUUGAGCUGAGCUUUCUCUUGGGGAAGAAAACAACAUUCAUUAUUCAUUUUGUCAUUUAUUUAGCUAUCAUUUAUGCAUUCUACAAAUAAUUAUUAAGCACCUACUAUUUUCCAAGCAUUACUGUGCAUAUGAGAAUAGCCAUAAACAAAACAGAUACAACUCUCUACACUUAUGGAGUUUAUACUGGAAGAACACAGAUCAUAGAUGAUGCGAAUAAAUAAAAUGUAAUAGCAAGGGGGAAAUAAAGUAGAAAAAUGCUAUAGUAAAUGCUGGGAUACAAUUUUAAGUAGCUUGUACAGGAAAGAGCUCUCUGAGAAGGUGACAUUUGCACCUCCUAAAGGGAUCAAUUCCAUACAUGUAAGUGAGGGGAGAACAUUCCAAGAAGAGGAACAGCAAAGCCUUGAGGCAGGGAUCACAGUACAGCAAGGAGCCCAGUACAGUUGACAGAGUGACCACAGAGACAGUUAUAAAGGAGGCAAUCAUUAAAGUAACAGGAGGCCAUCUUAUGUAGGAUUUUGUAGACCAUUUUAAAGGCGUUAGCUAUUAUUCUGAAUGAAGGUUUUGAAAAGAGCAGUGACGUGAUGUGAUUUAUGUUUUGAAAGAAUGCCUCUGCCUGAUGAAUUGAAAAUACACUGCAGAAGGACAAGAGAAAAAGCUAGACAGCUAGUUAGCCACAGCAGUAAUCCACAGAGGCUGCUUUAUACUAUGGUGGUAGUGCUGGAGGUCAUGAGAAGUGGAUGAAUCCUAGGUCUGUUUUGGAGGUGGAGAAUUUGUUCAGAGUUGAUGUGCUAUGUAAGAAAAGAGAAGCAUAAUUCUGUCUUUGUUGCUUCUUUAUAAUCCUUUAUUUUAGUAGUUCAAUCUUGGGGCAGCAGAUACCUGAAAAAUACUAAGGAUAUACCUGGUUCAGUCCUACCUUUACCAGUGAUUCUUAGAAGGGGCUUGUCUAAACUCUCCCUGAAUUAUCUCUAUUGAUAAGGAACUCACCAGAGUCUAAAACAGUCCCUUUAGAUGUUUGAAUUAUUUAACAAAACAAAUUAGAAAAUACUUCUUUAUGCCUCUGAAAUAAUUAUCAACAGACUACUAUUACAUUUUCUAUUUCUUCUCAGAAAGUGGUUUUCAAGGAAUUUGUUAAUUCCAUCUAAGUGGUCAAAUUUAUUGGCACACAGUUAUUAAUAACAUUUCCACAUUAUCCUUUUAAUAUCUAUAUUUAUAUAGUGUACCACUUUUUAUUUUUAAUAUUGCUAAUGUGUGUUUCUUGCAUUUUGUCAAUUUUGUAAAUAGUUUAUCGAUUUAUUAAUCUUUUCACACAACCAAUGUUUGGCUUUGUUCUGUUUUCUAUUUCAUAAAUUUCUUUUCUUUAUUAUUUGUUUUCUUCUAUUUCCUCUGAGCUUAAUUUGCUUAUUAUUUGCUAGUUUCUUGAAAUGGAGGUUUAUUGAUUUUAAAACUUUUUAUGUAUUUACUUAAAACUCUCCUUCAAAUCACUGAGUUAGCUACUGAGUUUUGAUAUUUUGUAUUUUCAUUAUCAUUCAGUUCAAAACACUUCUACAUUCCAUUAUGAUUAGAGUCAUGAGUUCUUUAGAAGUGUGUUGCUUAAUUUCUAAAUACUGAGGAAUUUUAUAGCUAUCAUAUUUAUUACUAUAAUUAUUCCACUGUGAUCCUAAAACUUACAUUUUAUGACUUCAAUUUUGAAAUUUAUCAACACUGGCUUAAUGACCCAGAAUAUGGUCUAUUUUGGCAACAACUUCAUGUCCACUUGAAAGGAAUGUAUAGUCUGCAGCUGUCAGAUACAGAGGUCUAUAAAUGUCAUUUAGGUCAAGCUGGUUAAUUUUGUUUUUCAAAUAUUAUACAUUGAUAUUUUUUGUCUGGGGUAUCAAUUAUAAAAAGAAGUAUGUUAAUAUUUCCAUUUAUGUUUGCAAAUUUGCCUAUUUCUCCCUCAGUCAGUCAAUUUUUGCCUCAGAUAUUUUGAAACUAUAGGUACAUAAAUGUUUGGGAUUGUUAAUUACUGAACUUAUUAUUUUAUAAUUAGAAAUUCUCUUCUUUAUCUCUGCUAUUACUUCUUGUCCUAAAUUCUACUUUGUGGGAUAUUAAUAUAGAUACACCACCUUUUGUAUGAUGAGUGUUUGCAUGUAUAUAUUUUCCGUCCUUUUACUUUUAACCUACUGGUUGAAAUAUAAAGAUAUAGUUAAAGAAUCAUCAGAGAAAUGCAAAUCAAAACUACAAUGAGGUAUCACCUCACACCGAUCAGAAUGGCCAUCAUCAAAAUAUCUACAAAUAAUAAAUGCUGGAGAGGGUGUGGAGAAAAGGGAACCCUCUUGCACUGUUGGUGGGAAUGUAAAUUGAUACAGCCACUAUGGAGAACAGUAUGGAGGUUCCUUAAAAAACUAUAAAUAGCACUACCAUAUGACCCAGCAAUCCCACUACUGGGCAUAUACCCCGAGAAAACCAUAAUUCAAAAAGAGUCAUGUACCACUAUGUUCAUUGCAGCUCUAUUUACAAUAGCCAGGACAUGGAGCAACCUAAGUGCCCAUUGACAGAUGAAUGCAUAAAGAUGUGGCACAUAUAUACAUUGGAAUAUUACUCAGCCAUAAAAAGAAAUGAAAUUGAGUUAUUUGUAGUGAGGUGGAUGGACCUAGAGUCUGUCAUACAGAGUGAAGUAAGUCAGAAAGGGAAAAGCAAAUACUGUAUGCUAACACAUAUACACAUAUAUAUGGAAUGUAAAAAAAAAAGGUUCUGAAGAACCUAGGGGAGGGACAGGAAUAAAGACGCAGACGUAGAGAAUGGACUUGAGGACACGGGGAGGGGGAAGGGUAAGCUGGGACGAAGUGAGAGAGUGGCAUGGACAUAUAUACACUACCAAAUGUAAAAUAGAUAGCUAGUGGGAAGCAGCCACAUAGCACAGGGAGAUCAGCUCGGUGCUUUGCAACCACCUAGAGGGGUGGGAUAGGGAGGGUGGGAGGGAGAUGCAGAGGGAGGAGAAAUGGAGAUAUACAUAUAAGUAUAGCUGAUUCACUUUGUUAUAUAACAGAAACUAACACACCAUUGUAAAGCAAUUAUACUCCAAUAAAGAUGUUAAAAAUAGUUAUUAUUAAAAAAAGAUAUAAAGUAUACUUCUUGUAAAUAUUAUAAGUUGAGUCAUUUUGUUUCUCCAGUCUGAUAAUGUCUGUUCUUUAACUGAAGUACUUGGUCCUAUUAAUAUUUAAUGUAAUUAUUGACACCACUGAAUUUUAGUCUUUCAUAAUCCUAUUUUUAAAAUUUCUCUGUGUUUUUUUCCCUUUGGUCCUACUUUAAGAUUAAUAAAGUUGUUGUUAUUAUUAUUAUCAUCAUCAUCAUUAUUAAACUCACACUUCCAAAAGACUAGCAACAACAAAUAAUCUUCCUUCUUCUACAUGAAAAAUCUAUGUAUUUUUUCACCUUGGGAAACAUACUGACAACUAACAUAUACUGAGCACUUAGUGUGUGCCAAACACUGUAUUAUGUAUGCAUAUAAAUGCAUUAUCUGAUUUGAUUCCCUAAAACAAAUGAGGCAGGAGCUAUAAUUAUUCAUGUUUUUCAGAUGAGAAACUAAGGCUCAGAGAAGUCAGAUAAAUCACUUCUGUAAUUAGUGGCAGAGCUGGGACUCAAAAACCCAUAUGGUUACCCAGCAUUUACCUCUGAGUCUCUCCUUUCUAGAUUGUAUAUAACCAGUGUCUUCAUUUAAGAAAAAAAAAAGGGAUAUUAUUUCUUGCAUGGUAGUUUUUGUCCUAUGGGCAUACCUCAGUUUAUCUGUGCCCAGUAUCAUGUAGGAUUUCUGUUUUCUUAUUGCUUUGUUUUUCCUUGUAUCUUGGUUUAGCUACUUAACUUCCCUAGUAAAAAGAAGCCAAAUCUAGGAGGUUAAAUCUACCUAACAGUGGUGUGAAACGAAUAUGUGAGUUUGUAUAACCUAUGUUACAGUUCCUUUACUAACCAUUUAUUCAUACAUGAUUGAGGAAAUCAAGAGGUUUUCCCCAAGCUCAUAUCUCUUGAGUGCCAUUGAGCAAAUGUACUUUAUGUUUUGCUUGUUCAGAACUCUGAGAUGUGCAAACACUACCGAGUAUUACCCAGGAUGGGUUACCUUUGUCCAAUGGAUUUACAGCC